AUGGAAGAGGAGACCAAGAAAGAACCACCAAUGAACUAUGUCUUCGUCGAUACAGAGAAGAGUGUGAUCCCAGUUUCUGAAGAGAAGGCAUCAUCAGCUGGUGAACCUCUUGCAAUUGUCAAAGAGAAUGUAGAUCAUCCUGCUGCAAAGAAAGGUAUAAGAAGUUCAACUGAGAAAGAUGUAAUGUAUGCAGAAAUUGAAACCGAGAAAAGGCUGGCCUUAAUCAAAGCAUGGGAAGAAAGUGAAAAGACAAAAGUAGAGAACAGGGCAUAUAAAAGGAUGUCUGCAGUAGGAUUAUGGGAAGAAAACAAAAAAUCUUCUGUUGAAGCAAAACUCAGAAAAAUUGAGGAGAAGUUCGAAAGAAAGAAGGCAGAAUAUGUUGAGAAAAUGAAGAAUAAAGUGGCUGAAAUUCACAAGGCUAGUGAAGAAAAGAGAGCACUUAUUGAAGCCACACAAAGAGAAGAGUCUCUCAAGGUGGCGGAGGCAGCUUCAAAGUUUCGUGAAUCCAGAUCUACGCCUAAGAGACUGUUUGUGUGCUUCACAUGUGCUAACAGUGUUCUAUAG